AUGCAUACCUUCUCCACGCUGCGCUUCUCCACAAUGGACGUCUGUCUAUUGAAGCCCAUUCCCGCCGAGUGUGGCGACGCUUUGCGUACCGCUUUACCCUUGACCGAGCUGGACGACCGCGACUGCCCUACUCUUCUACGUGGGCUUCGACUAUCUCUCCUGAGCCCAUUGAUGGGUGCCCCUGUCGCUUCCACCUGUCCGGGAGAGUCGCACCAUAAGCACAUCGACGAGCCUUUGCAAGAUGGCCCAGAAGACUCAUAUUGGUACUGCCCGGAGUGUGGAGAUGGGCCCUACCAGUCCUGGAACCCAUGCUGCGCCAACUGCGCGUACAAACGAGGCUAA